UAUAGAGAAAGUCGGAUGUUUAUUGAUAUUUGAUAAGAUAGAUUCAUACAGAAUGUUCAGUUGAGUGCAAUGAAUUGUAACUAGACUAUGCUUAGUGGUAGCCUUCAACAAACCAAGUGGUGUUGCAGGCUUGCAGCUGACAUAGAUCCUUCCCGACUAACUUCCAGCUAGCUUCCGUUCUUCUUUGGUGAUUAAGUUGUUGAAUGAAUGCUUACACGAUCAUCUUCCAUGGAAUUGACAAGGGGCCUAGUUUGUUUUUCCAUAGAAUUCCAGCUAUAAAUCUGGCAUCAGUGCUCGCAUCAUCUAAAAGCCAACUGCAUCAACUCCGCAAUCCCUUUCUGAUAAAUAUCCCGAAGAAACACAUUUCAGUGUCCUGCUUUGCAAAAUUGCCAGAGAUGGAGCACUUCAACAACCCUUCUAAGCUCGUAGUCAUGUUGAGUAAUGCACAGAAGAAAUUGUGGAACAUGAUGCCGGAUUCAGUUAAACAAUUUCCUUGGAAGAAAGCAGAGACUGUUGCGCUAGAAGAGUUUCUCGCCUUGGUGAAGGAGGCACUGAAGUGGUAUCUGCUUGCAUACUUUGCAUUUAGCUGCCUAUCUGAUAUCUCAUAUUCUAUCUCUAGAAACAAAGAAUUAGUUAUCCCAUUAGGUCUCUUUGUCGGAAUCAUGACAACCAAAUUGUUCGAUGAGAUAUCCCGAGAACUCAUGCCUGACCACCAGGAUGGACGCUUUACUUGGAGACUUCCGAGCAUAGCUGUGUUCUUCGUUCUUGUGAAGGCUAUAUCAACAUAUUUGCCCGGAGUAAAUCAUCUUCUUAUGCACGCUGCAAAUGGCGGACUGAUGCAGGUCCUGUGGAAUUGGAAAGACAUCCAGAAACACGAUGGAGACGAAUCUUCUUCGGAUGGCUCUUCGAGCCCUGUUGAUGCUGGUAAUUAGGUAGUUUCUGAGCUUGGUUAACUUCCAAUGUUGUAGUUUUUUGUGACAUUUUUGAAUGAUAUAGAAUGAAUAUUAGGGUCAUUUAGGUAUGUAGCCUUUUCUCAAAGGCAUUAAUCACCACUGUUGGUUUUCAUAAAUAUUUGCAACUUAUGAUUAUAAAUUAAUCACUACAAGUUGUUACUUUAUGGGCUUGUGACAGACUGUUUAUUUGAUCAUUUUAUGUAUUUUUUACGAUGAAUAAAGUUUGUAUAGACAUAUUGCACCA